UCCUCCUCUUUCCGUUCCCUUUCCUCCUCCUCCUCUUUCCGUUCCCUUUCCUCCUCUUCCUCCACCCCCGCCUCUCCUUCCAGCCUCCCCCUCUCUCCCCCACAAUGGCGGGCGGGGGGGACACGCGGAGGACGUGGCCGCACCAUCGCAAAUCGCUCUUCUGCAGACUGUGGCGAAGAGGUGUGCUGGGCAUGAUGGCGUCGGCGCGGGUGCUGGUGGUGCGCGGGUCGCUGUUCCUCAACGCCGUCCUGGUGCUGUACCUGUGCCUCUCGUGGCUCUCCACCACGCCCACCACGCGCCUCGUGCCCUCCUCCUCCGCCUUCAGGGGCGCGAGCUCGGCGCUGCCUCUGCCCGCCCUGCCCAUGCCCGGCGCGGCGGAGGGCGCGGAUGAGGGCGUGGCUCCGCUGCCGCUCCUCGUCGGGGCGGUAGGGGGCCCGGCGCCGCCCCCGCUCGCGCAGCAGGGCUCGGCGCCCCUCCACCUGCCGCCCUUGUCGCCCGAGCUGCUGCCCGAGGGCGCCGCCGCCCCCGCCGAGCUCCGCGACAUGUCCCUCGGCGGGCGGAGGACCCUGGGCCAGCGCGUGGCCGACGAGCCGCGCCCGGACGGCGGCGCAGGCGGCGCUGCCCCGGGGGCGUUGCUGCCGUCCGCCGCGGCCGCGGGCGGCGAGCCGGAGGAGCCGCCCCGGGAGGUGCAGGAGAGCGCGGGCGUGACGGAGCAGCUGGUGGCGGAGCCGAUCGUGACGGAGCCGCCCGACCCGCCGCUGGACUCGCAGGAGCGCAAGAUGUACGCCGACCUGCGCGAGUGCUCCACGCGCUCGCUGCGCCCCUUCUACCAGCAGCGUGGAGACUACUGGGUGCUGGAGAACUACAUCCCCGCCGCCCUGGCCUUCCGCUGCGACGAGUCCAUCACCUACACCACCCACGGCGACUUCACCUUCCUCGACAACCUGGAGCCGCUCACCUCCAGGUGGCAGAAGGUGCCGACGACGGAGGAGCUGCUGCGGCGCAAGACGGACUGCGCGCAGGAGCCGCCGCGCUGGACCAACGUGACCACGUACCGCCAGAAGAAGAAGCUGCUGUACCCCGUCAACGUGGCCCGGAACACGGCGCGCCAGGCGGUGCAGACGUACUUCGUGCUGGCGUCGGACGUGGAGCUGUACCCGUCCGUCAACUUCAUUCCAGAAUUCUUCAAGAUGCUGAAGAAGCCCGACGUCUCGAACAGCACCAACCCGCGCGUGUACGUGUUCUCCAUCUUCGAGGUGCGGGACAACGUGACGGCGCCCGAGGCCAAGGGCGACCUCCAGCGGAUGCUCAAGAAGGGCGACGCGAUCCCCUUCCACAAGAACGUGUGCGCCAAGUGCCACAACGUGCCUAUGUCGAAGGAGUGGAUCGCCGCGCCGCUGCAGCCGGGGAUGUCCGUGUUCCACGUGGGCAAGCGGCAGCCGCCGUACCACAAGUGGGAGCCCAUCUACGUCGGCACCAACAAGGAGCCGCUCUACGACGAGCGCCUCUCGUGGGAGGGCAAGAGCGACAAGAUGACGCAGAUGUACAUCCUGUGCGUCCGCGACUACGAGUUCCACAUCCUGGACAACGCCUUCCUCGUCCACCGGCCAGGAAUCAAGAAGCUGCACAAGGACCCUUCGCGAGACCGGGUCGUGGCCAAGCAGAACACGGCCAUCCGCACCAAGAUCCUGCCCGAGUACAAGACCAUGUUUGGGACCCGGAAGUCCUGCAUUAUUUAAGGAGGCCGACUUUUAGGACAGGGCUGAGUGGUUGGGUG